AUGCUAUUGUGGCUCUCAGUUAGAGUGGAAUUUGUGGCGCAUCUUAAAAAAAGUGAUGAAACUGCCGCUGAGAACUGGACGGACGAGCAGGGCGAUUUAUCAAGUGACCAUUAUCAAAAUGACUCCAAGCACGGCUUAUUCCAUGGUAAUGGACAGAGUAACGAGAGUGAAUGUGAUGAAAAUGGAUGUCGUGUAAUACGAGAGAUUAUCGUCUAA